CCCGACCCGCAAAGCCGGAAGCCGACAUAACGGAGACCAGCGCCAAAGACCCCGAGAGGGCCAAGCGCACAGCCCCAGAGACACCCGCGCCGGAAGGGCCGCCCAUCCACCCCCCAAAGGGGACCACAGGAGAGAAAUGGGAGAGCCCCACCAGCGACCACACACAGUCACCCCUGGGGCCAGCAGCGACGAACUCACAGGCCCCGCCGGUACCCACCGCGCCAGAGCGGAUCCAGGCAUGGGCACAGAGGCCCGGGCCCACAGGGCACACCCCGCCCCCCCAGGCCAAGGCCCGACAGGGCCUGAGGGACCCAAGCCCCACUGGGCCGAGUGGCAAAGAGCAGACAGCAAAGUCCCGGCCCGGGCCACACCAGUCCGACCGACCAGCCCCCAGCCCCAGUGAAGCCACACCCCGGACCACCCCACACCCUACCAACGGCCAGGUGCCCACCCCCAACCAACCACCCCCCGGACCCUGGCAGCCACCCCAACCAGCGGGCCAACCACAGCAACCAGGAGCCAGACUCCGGGAGCCCGAACAGCCCCAGGGAAGCUGGAGCCUCCGGUACCCUUCCAAGCCCCAUGUCUACCCGCAGCCCAGGCCCCACCAGACGGGGUUGACGUGUGAACUCUUCAGUCCCGGGCUGGUUGAAGCCGAGGUGCAGGUGGGCAGCUGCAGCCUGCAGCUGCUGUAA